CAGCCUCUCGCCGCGCCCGUCUCGAACACUCGUUGUUCACGCGUGGCGUUGUUCAUGUAUUCGGAGGCAGUCGCUGGUACACGCGAUAAAGCCCAAUUAUCGAGGCUUGUGCACAAAGUGAAGGGCAAAUUCUCCGGACGUCGGUCCAUGAGCAAUCCUCAGUCCUCCCAGGCGAUGCCCCUCGCGUCUGCGCUCAACUCGACGUGCUCGUCGCCGCUUGGCGCGGGCACGGCUGGACCCAAUGACCCAUUUUGGCUUGAGAAUAUCAAGCACCAAGGGACUGCGCCAUUCAACUCGGAUGCUAGUACCUACCAGGUCUUUCGUAACGUCAAAGAUUUUGGUGCGAAGGGCGAUGGUGUUACGGACGACACCGCCGCCAUCAACGCUGCUAUCUCGACUGGUGUUCGCUGUGGCCUGGGAUGCAACUCAACCUCCACUUCCCCCGCCGUAGUCUACUUCCCUUCUGGUACAUACCUAGUUUCGACCCCAAUCAUCGCUUUGUACUACACGGCACUCGUCGGUGACGCUCGCAACCUGCCGACAUUGCUCGCUUCGGCCAACUUUAGCGGUAUGGCAGUUAUCGAUGCAGACCCUUAUAUCCCUAAUGGCGGCGGGGCUCAGUACUACGUUAAUCAGAACAACUUCUUUAGGAGCGUUAGGAACUUUGUCAUCGACCUUACCAAGAUGCCUGCUUCCGCCACCGCCACCGGUCUGCAUUGGCAAGUCUCGCAAGCCACGUCACUCAUUAACGUUGUCGUAAACAUGAGCACCGCAUCCGGUAACAAUCACCAAGGAAUGUUCAUGGAAAAUGGAAGCGGCGGAUUCAUGGGCGAUCUUGUAUUCAACGGUGGCAAAUUUGGCAUCUGGAUCGGGAACCAGCAAUUCACUGUCCGCAAUAUUACCGUAAAUAACGCUAAUAGUGCCAUCUUUUCCAUCUGGAACUGGGGCUGGACUUUCCAAGGCGUCACUAUAAAUAAUUGCCAAGUUGGCUUUGAUCUUACCACUGGGGGCGUCACGCUAGACCAACAAACUGUUGGAGCCAUCGCAGUCAUUGAUGCCACUGUGGUAAACACGCCAAUCUUCAUCCGCAAUAGCAAGCCCUCGAGCUCCCUCGCCGGAUCCCUCGUCCUCAAUAAUAUCAACCUGCAGAAUGUACCCACCGCUGUUGGAGUCGUUGGCGGUGAGACCGUCCUGGCCGGCGGCACCACCACCAUCCAGAGCUGGGGCCAAGGCAACAUAUAUAACGGCACCAGCUCAACUGCGCAGUUUGUCAAGUCUAACAUCGCUGCACCAACGAAGGCUUCGAGCCUGCUCGACGGCUCUGGCAGGAUUUUUGGUAGGCCACGUCCCCAGUACACGAACUACGCCGUGGACCAGUUCAUCAGCGUGAAGACCCAGGGAGCAAAAGGCGACGGUAAGACGGACGAUACCGCGGCUCUGCAAGCCGUCUUCGAUCAGUUCUCGGGCUGCAAGAUCAUUUUUUUCGAUGCCGGGGUAUACUUCAUUACCAAUACCUUGACGAUACCGGCCGGCACUCAGAUGGUCGGCGAAGGGUGGUCUGUUAUUAUGGGCGGCGGUUCGGCAUUCUCAAAUAUGAACAGCCCGACCGUCAUUGUGCAAGCCGGUGCCCCGGGAUCUUCUGGUAUUCUUGAGAUCACCGAUAUUGUCUUUACUACCCAGGGGCCAGCUCCAGGUGCUGUCCUGAUGGAAUGGAACGUCAACUCGCCAACCCAAGGAGGCGCUGGCAUGUGGGAUACUCACUUCCGAUUGGGAGGCGCCGCCGGUACAAACCUUCAAUCGAACUGUCUUCCGGGUGCAGACACCACUCAAUGCACUGCGGCGUACACGACGCUACACCUCACUUCCGGAUCGAACGCUUAUCUUGAGGGCUCUUGGCUCUGGGUUGCCGAUCAUGAUAUGGACGGCAGCGACGAGCAGCUCACGAUUUUUGCCGGCCGUGGCCUCUUGUCAGAAUCUCAGGGCCCAGUCUGGCUCGUCGGUACCUCCGUUGAGCAUCAUACGCUCUAUCAGUACAACCUUCAGAACGCUUCGGAUCACUACAUGGGGCUGAUCCAGACUGAGACGCCGUAUUACCAACCUACUCCCGCGCUGCCGACGCCCUUCUCUGUCAACGCCUCGCUCGGCGACCCCGACUUCCCCAACCAACAGUCUUCCUGGGCUCUGGUUGUCCAAAACUCGAAGAACAUCUUGGUCUUCGGCGCUGGACUGUAUAGCUUUUUCCAGAACUUUGGCCAAGCCUGUCUAAACAGCAGCUCGUGUCAGGAGCAGAUCCUAAAUGUCGAUAGCACGAGCACGAUCUGGGUUUACAGUCUUUCGACUGUCGGCGUCACCCAUCAGCUCAGCGUUGGCAACCAGGCUGUGAUACCUCAAAGUCAGAAUGUCAACGGCUUCCAGUCGACUGUCACUGCCUGGUCGCAGUGAGAUUGUUAAAUUGUAUGCGAGAGGAAAGGCGUAUGACGUGUUGUGUCGCCAUCAUUGUCAUGUUACUUAUCAUUCAAAUUAUCUGGAGCUUAUUAUCACCCAUGUACCUGUAGCUACACUGCAUUAUUAUGUCG